GGAGAGACCGCAUUGAUCGACGAGGGCAGCUGAGGCGAUCAUGGGCGUAGAAUGAGGCUGGAACUGCCCUCCUAGGUUUGUGUAUUUAAAUGCUGGCUGCAUCCUGCCUUUUCUCUGAAGACUGCAUCGACCAAACCCCAGAGCACAACCAAUCUAGUGUAUAAACCACCGCAUCAACAACGCAUCGCAAACUUGCACCAACCACCCAGACCACCUACCCAAUCUCAUCUCUGAGUUCUGCCUCCACAAAAUGCCCACCUCCUUCUCCUCCAGCGACUAUAAGCCCUCCACCGACCAGACCCGAGACACCAGCGCACCCCCUGCUGCCCCAAGGAGCGGCUGCUGCAGAGGCGACAACGAUGGCCUCAGCGGCACCGCCUUCCCCCGCGGCGCCCCGCACCGGGGCCUCUACAUCGGCCUACGGGCUACCGGCGUCCUGGUCGGCAUGACCCUCAUCGUGCUCUCCACCGUCAGCUCCACGGUCGCCCACCUCCCCGGGCGGUGGCUGAGCGUGGGCCUCGGCCCGGGCAUCAACAGCAUGUUGCUGAACGCCUCCGACCUGUGGGCCAUCUACCGCGCCUCCCGCCGGCACACGCCACAGAUACGCCUCUUCUGGGACGGCGGCGCCGCCAUCGGCAUUCUCAUCGCCGCGGGCUUCCUGACGUCCUGGACUGCCGACCUGGCUAGGGGCGGGGACCAGAUGGUGGUCGGGGGUGUUGACCGUCUUGGUCUGAGCGCCGCCAUGAUCGCGAGCUUGUUUGCCGCAUGCCUGAUUCACCUCGCCUUUUCCAUUUCGGGCUUCCGCAGCUGGCGCCAGCUCCGUGCCACUCGCAACACCUCGACUGUCUGAGAUGGUGCGAAGAGGAGGAAGCCUGUGUAGGGUACUGCGAGUAAUGCCCUUUGCUGGAUUAUAUUGCCUCGGCUCGCCAGGGUCGACGCAUCGAGCCAUUGAUGUAUAAGGAAGUGCAAUUCUUUCGAUAAGGAGCGCGGAGUGAUUUCUUUUUGCCUUUCUUCCUUACUUCGAUGUUGUAUAGACUUAUUUCCAGAAACUUAUAAACAUUCAUGCGUCUCUCAAACUCCCUUGAUCUCGUACUCGUCGAUAACGCUGCGUGGCCUGCCAAACUUGCCGAGGGGCUUGUACUCGAGAUCAUCAAAG